AUGCAUGAUGCCAACAGCUCCAGCCUGACACCAAGAUACUUCAUCCUUAAUGGGAUUCCUGGGCUGGAAGCCUUACAUAACUGGAUCUCCCUGCCCUUCUGCAUCAUGUACAUAAUUGCUGUUGUAGGGAACUGUGGGCUCAUCUACCUCAUCAGCCAUGAGGAGGCUUUGCAUCGGCCCAUGUACUACUUUCUAGCCUUGCUUUCCCUUACAGAUGUUACUGGGUGCACCUCAUUUGUCCCCAAUAUGUUAUGUAUCUUUUGGUUCAGUCUUAAGGAGAUUGCCUUUAAUGCCUGCCUUAUACAGAUGUUUUUUAUCCACAUGCUGACAGGCAUGGAGUCUGGAGUACUCAUGCUUAUGGCUCUAGACCGCUAUGUGGCCAUUUGCUAUCCUCUACGUUAUUCUACCAUCCUCACAAACCCUGUGAUUACCAAGGUUGGGCUUGCCACUUUCAUUCGAAGUGUAUUGCUCAUGAUUCCAUUUACUUUCCUGAUCAAGCGUCUUCCUUACUGCAGGGGCAAUCUCAUCCAGCACACCUAUUGUGACCAUAUGUCUGUGGCCAAAUUAUCCUGUGGCAACAUCAAGAUUAAUGCUAUAUAUGGUCUCAUAGCUGCCAUAUUGAUUGGAGGGUUUGAUAUGUUCUGUAUCUCCAUGUCUUAUGCCAUGAUUAUCCGUGCUGUAGUAAAUUUGUCAUCUGCAGAUGCUCGCCACAAAGCCUUCAGUACCUGUACAUCACACAUAUGUGCUAUUGUUAUCACCUAUGUCCCAGCCUUCUUCAACUUCUUCACUCACCGUUUUGGAGGACGCACUAUACCUCACCAUGUCCAUAUUUUUAUAGCCAACAUUUAUCUGUUGCUGCCUCCUACCUUGAAUCCAAUUGUCUAUGGAGUGAAGACCAAGCAGAUCCGUGAAGGAGUGAUCAAAUUGUUCUUUAGAGAGAAAGAUACUUUGAGUAUGAGAUAA